CGGUGGUGCUAUUGUUGCAAUGCGAAAGUUUCGUACAUAUGUCGGGUGGGUCGGAUAGAUGAUGUAGAAAUCCACAACUACUGUAAUUUAUAGCACCGAAAUCUUUGAAACAUUUUACUCAACAUAAGGUAGUAAAACAGACUAGCAAGAUGAUGUCCGAUAGAAAAGCUGAGCUUGAGAGGAAAAAGGCCAAGCUUCAAGCUAUAAGGGAAGAAAAUGAGAGACGUAGAAGAGAGAAGGAACAGAAAGAUAUCGAGGAAGCUACGGUCCGUGCUGCAGGUACAGACAAAGACCAACGUAAAGAAUUGGAUGCUAUGCUUUCAUCUUUAGGAGUAGCUCCAGUAUCAGAUGUGGUAUCCAGCUUAUCUAGUAUGAAUUCUUUAACACCGGAACAGAGUGCCAAUGCUACUCCUGAUGCUAGUUUACAACCAUCCAGUAUAAACUCUGCUCAAAGCGCUGGACGUAGGAAAAAUCGGGAACUCACGGUCGUCUCCGUGGCUCAAACUAAUAUUCCGCCGAAGGAAGCUGUGGUCUAUAAUAAACAAACACAGACCAUUCAGACAACGCUCACAUCCCACGACGAACUGUCCACAUCAUCUUCUGCAUACACCAUCUACUCCUGUUCAACAACAACACCAACUCACUCUUACUCCGCAGGCUACUUUGAGACUGACUGGUGGCGUCCCAGGAAAGGUGGGUCUGCACCAAACUACCUAUACGAGUACAAUCUAAAUCCUGGUUUAGAAUGGGAGGACGAAUUUACAGCCGAAGAUGAAGAGAACAGCUUGCCGCACAUGGACGGUUUCCAAAGCAAACUCCCCCCGGGAAUUCUUCCUCACGGUUUGCCGCAAGUUAAGGAAGUGCAGCCCGCCGUUACGCAAGUGGAGCAAGAAAAGGAAAAGGAAAAGCCUAAAGAAGUACAAGAACUUAGCGAGGAGGAAAAACAAAUGAUUAUACUGUCCGAGGAAUUUCAACGAUUCCUCGAUCGCACUAGUAGAAUCGUGGAAAGGGCGUUAGGGGAAUCAGUCGAUAUUUAUACCGAUUAUACUGGCAACAUGGACGGUGAAGAUGGAAUGGACGAGAAGAGCCAUCAACGUCUAUGGUUGAAUCGAUCGUUUUUCUGCGAUCGAUGGUCUCGUAAUCGCUGUGUCACUUCGAUGGAUUGGUCGCCGCAGUUCCCAGAACUGCUCGCGGCCUCUUAUAACAACAACGACGACACCCCGAACGACCCUGACGGGGUUUGUUUAGUUUGGAACACGAAAUUUAAAAAAACCACGCCAGAGUUUAUUUUCCACUGUCAGUCGCCAGUAUUGUCGAUCACCUUUGCGAGAUUUCACCCUAAUCUGAUCUUAGGUGGCACUUAUUCCGGACAAAUAGUCCUUUGGGAUAACAGGGUGCAGAAACGAACUCCGAUUCAACGCACGCCAUUGUCCGCGAACGCACACACUCAUCCCGUGUAUUGUUUAAACGUUGUCGGGGCUCAAAACGCACACAACUUGAUAAGCAUUUCCACCGACGGGAAACUAUGUUCGUGGAGUUUAGACAUGUUGUCACAGCCGCAAGAGAGACUGGAGUUACACGUCAAACAAUCGAAAGCAAUCGCUGCUACUUGUUUAGCGUUUCCUCAUGGCGACGUUAAUAAUUUCGUGGUAGGCAGCGAGGAUGGUACUGUUUAUUCCGCUUGUCGUCACGGUACGAAAGCAGGAGUAUUAGAGACCUACGAAAGUCACCAAGGACCAGUUACUGGAGUUAGUGCACACGCGGUCCAAGGUGGAAUAGAUUUCUCGCACCUGUUCCUGACAUCUUCCAUCGACUGGACGAUCAAGCUCUGGAGUCUGAAGGAGAACAAACCCCUCUAUUCCUUCGAGCAUAAUGGCGAUUACGUUUACGACGUUGCAUGGUCACCCACCCACCCGGCACUGUUCGCUGCCGUAGACGAUUCGGGAAGAUUAGAUUUAUGGAAUCUCAAUCAAGAUACCGAAGUGCCUACCGCGAGUAUUAUGAUCGAAGGAUGCCCAGCUCUUAACAGAGUCUCGUGGACACCGAGCGGUUUACAUGUAACGGUUGGCGACGAUACUGGAAAGAUUUGGGUCUACGACGUUGCCGAGCACUUAGCACAUCCAAGAAUCGAUGAGUGGAAUAAGUUUUUAUACACGCAACAGGAGUUGAAAAACAACAAAGCGGACGAAGAAUUGCAUAAACUUAAUCUACGAGAACCUGUAUCGUUAAGUUCUAUAACCCCUCUGAUACAGACGUGUCCCCCCUUUAAAGAUACAUUUAUGAUAUAACCGUUAAAUUUAACUCGAGUACUUUAAACGAUAAAAAUCAAAUAAAUUCAAAAUAUUUAUAACCAUAGAAAACCUGAAAUGAAGUAAAAAUGAAAGUUUAUGCACUAAUUUUAAUUUAUAGGUGUACCCUUAACUAUUUGUGGAAUACCUUCAGUCUGUAUAAAGUGUUAAACUUUAACCUUUUCAUUAUAUAGAUGCAAUUACUGCGAACUCAAACGGCUAUAAUUCAACGUGUCCGAUAGAAGCAGUAUAUUAUUAUUGAAUGACUCUAACGCGAUACAUAAUAAAGAAUGUGCGCAACAUGUAUUUGCAUGUAAAUAAUACAAGCUAUGAACGCGGCUUGAAAUAAAAAAUUGCAUAAAUACAAUACGAUAAUUACGAAUUUGACAGUAUUUACAUCAAGCAAUUUGUAUUAUAAUUUGUUCUUUAUUAUUUUUCGUGAAUAUAUAUCAUUAUGUUUCGAAUCAUUUUUCAAGAAUAAUUUGUUUCCGUUCUACUGCUUUUAUCUAACAUAUUAAAGACAACUUCAGCAGAAUACUUACACGAUAUUCCAAUUGAAAGUAAUAUAAUAUCUAGUAUCGUCCUUUUUAAAUAACUUUAUUAUUAUUAUUUAUAUCCAUACAAAAAUAAUU